CUCAAACCAAAUCCUAUCUUCUUCAAUUCUCCUAGUCAAAGUGAUGGGGUAGGUAAGGAGGGGACUGUACCAGAAUCCUUAUUGAAAGAAGCUCGUAAAACCGGUUCACUGAACCUGUCAACAGAGGUAUGAAAGCUAGUGGAUGAAUGUGUAUAAUUACAGGGACAUUAGUGUUAUUCCUCCUAAACUGUGGAGACUCAAUAUUGAUCCUCCUGAUGGUAGUACUGCUUCAUUUGAUGUUGAUGAGAGAUGGUGGGACCAGGUGGAACUGACUAGACUGGAUCUAUCAUCUAACGAAAUCAAAGAAAUAUCUGAAGAUAUUGAAAACUUUAAUUCAUUGUCAGUGCUUGAGGUCCAGUACAAUGAGUUAACAUGUCUACCUAAUAAUGUGAUCAAACUGGAUAAACUAUCUAAAAUAUUUGCAAGGUAAAUAUUGUAUCCACUCUCUACCAUAUGUACAUGUAUAUCUCUCUC